AGCGCAUCGCACAUAAUCGCGCGAUUCACUUUCCACCUCGCGCGACACCGGUCCUUGAUUUAAGUAAUUACGCCGCAAUCGCAUCGAUCCCUUCAUUACCAGCAACUUCCCUUGCUUCACCCGUACGUCAUUCUUUAUAACCCGACAGCGCCACCCACCAAAAGUUUUUUUGCCUGUACCUGGAAAAUGUGUAUCAAUAUAUAUGUAAGGUAUCAGUUAAAUGAUAGCAAGAGAAAUAGUUCGAGUGCUUCAUUUAAGUAGUCUCCCCUCAAAAACCCAACAAGUCAAAGCUCAAACGCUUUGAUGGUUCAUUCACAGAGCGAAAACAUGAAGUUCCUGUUAUGUCGUCGGUGUCCACUCUCUUCUUCAAGAAUUAUUAGUGGACGAAAUUGGGUGUGCAAAAGAAGUCCAAGAAAUAUUGUCCGUAAAAGGCCCAAACGAUUUCUCAACAGAAGACAAUCGCAUAAUAAGAGAGUAAAGAGUAGGAUAAUAAAGGAAGGCAUAGCACGGCUGAAGUCAGAAAUGACAGAGAUCAGCGUGGAGCAAAAGAGCAUCGCAGAGGGACAAAAACAAAUUCGGAAGAAGUACGAGGAGAUUAAAAGGGAACGUGAGCAAUUGUGGAAGGAAACAGAGCUCAUUUCGCAGCAGAGUCAUGGUAUCCGAAUUCGUUUGAAUUUAAUGUUCCAAAUAAUGAAAGCAAGAGUUGAGAGAGAUUCUGUCAAAGUUGCUCAACUUACUCUACAGCUCAGGGACUUGAUAGCGAAGCCAAAAGAAGAAAAAUAAGUGUUGAGGGAUCCGGAUGAAAGUAUUAAUGAAUUCGUUGCUAGCAUUGUGGGGGAAGAAAGAGGAAGGUUGUCAUUAUGUUGACAAAGGGAUAAAUAAGGAAGAUGCAAUAGUAUCAAGAAUGUGUGUGUGUGUAAUUUUGGCAUGUAAUUUCCUAUUUCCUAAGGCUUUGUUUGGUAUUUCUCUUGUUUAUUGUUUUGGUUUUCAAAAAAU